AUGUCUGCACUCGUGGCCUUACUGCUACUCUGGGGUCUCACUCUAGGCCCAGCAGCUGAGGGCGCUGUAUUUUUUAAGACUCAACCAAGUCUGUGGGCAGAUUCCAAAUCGCUGCUAGAACCCUGGGCUGACAUGACACUGACAUGCCAGGCCCGCCUAGAGACCCUGGACUUCCAGCUGUUCAAGGAUGGGGUGGUCCAGAAGCUGGUGCACCUUGACAUACCUGACAUGGAGUAUCAGUUUCCACUGGGAGCAGUGACAAAUGAUAACAGGGGCUUGUACCGCUGCCGCUCAGGCUUGUCUUCUGGCACAUGGACUGAGCUGAGCAACCUGCUGGAGGUGACAGGGACAGAGACCUUGCCCCCACCCUUGCUCAGCGUGGAACCAGUGUCCUGGAUCAUACCGGGCCUGAACGUGACACUGCUGUGCCAUGGGGGACUGCGGGGUGUGAGUUUCCUGCUGAGGCGAGAAGGUGAUGAUGAGUUUCUGGAGGUGGCUGAGACAAGGAAGGAAGGAGUAGCCAGCUUCCCUGUCCACCAGGCUGGCAACUACAGCUGCAGCUACCAGACCCAUGCAGCAGGUGGCCCCUCUGAGCCCAGUGCCACUGUGACCAUUGAGGAGGUGGCUGUGCUACCACCACCCGUGCUGACUUCUUGGGGACAGUACCCCAAGAUCCUGGGCCCCGGGAACAGAGUAGGCCUCAUUUGUGUGGCGCCCCUGGGCGGUGCUGAAUUCGGACUGUGGCGUCUGGAGGGUUCUGUGCACAAGGAGCUGCAGGUCCCAAUGAGCAGUACCAGUCCCGACCGUGUCUUCUUUGACUUGGACACCGAGGCGCUGGGAGACGGAGGUCCCUUCAUCUGCCGCUACCGGCUGCGCGGCAAGGACACCGUGUGGUCCGAGGACAGCGAGCCCACCGAGUUGGUGCGGAGCGACGGUGACCUGCCCGCGCCGGUGCUCACUGCCGAGCCUGCGGGCCCGCGCAUCGCCCCCGGCUCGCUCGUGGAGCUGCGGUGCGCCGCGCCAGGCGGCGGGAAGCGCUUUGCGCUGCAGCGUGAGGACCCGGGCGGGCGCCGCCUGCUGGCUGUGCGGAGACCCGGGCGGCCUCACGCGGUCUUCCAGCUGCGCGACGUGUCGGCGGCGGACUCCGCCAACUACAGCUGCGUCUACGUGGACCUGGCGCCGCCCUUCGCGGGGUCCGCGCCCAGCGCACCCGUGGAGCUGCGCGUGGACGGGCCGCCGCCCCAACCUCAGCUCCGGGCCCUGUGGACGCGGCCGGUGCGCGCGGGCCGCGAUGCCUUCCUGCGCUGCGAGGGUCGAGUGCCCGACGUUGUCUUCGAGCUGCUGCGCGGAGCCGAGGCCGAGCCCGUGGUGACUCUCAGCGCCGCGCGCGACUCGCAGUCCGCCGACCUGGCGCUGACCUUCGUGGGGCCCCAGCACACUGGAAACUACAGCUGUCGCUACCGCGCCCAGUGGCCCGCGGACUUCGUGUCCGAGCCCAGCGACCCUGUGGAGCUGCUGGUGGCAGGAAGCUGA